UCAUAUGGGCUUGCCAUACACUUUUGUUUUCGUCGUCACGGACGCGACGACAAUUAUCUCGGAAUUUCUGAAUGUCUGCUGAAACGAAAUAUGCCUGAAUUACUGAAUCUGGAUAUUUUACGUCUUCAGGACUGAUGAAAAAAUCCAAUGGCUCACAUAAAGACGUAUGCACGAAUCAAACCCACUGGAAAACAAUCUAAACGUCUGGAUCACGAAUCUACCAACGUAGCCAUCAGUGUUCCUCAGCUUCAGCCCAGCGGUCAGACCAGGGACUGUACGGCCACGCUGACCCAUCAGUUUGAGUUUGCAAGGGUCUUUGGACCAACGUCCACCCAAGAUGAGGUCUUUGACUCUGUGGCUUCCCACAUCGUAGAUGGUUUUCUAUCUGGUUACAAUGGGACUAUAUUUGCAUAUGGGCAGACAGGCUCAGGGAAGACAUUCACCAUUGAAGGGAGCGCCAAAUCCUACUCAGAUCGGGGUCUUGCACCAAGAGCUUUAUCAAGAAUUUACAAAUCUCUGGAGAAUCAAAAGUUCGAUGAACUCUCCAUCAAAGUUUCCUAUAUGGAGAUUUACCAGGAAAUUGGAUACGACCUUUUGAACCCUACGACACGACCUGGAAACGUUGUCACACAUCUACCCAAGGUCAGUGUCACUGAUGGACCAAACAACUCUUGCACCGUACGCAACCUUUCUAUGCAUCUUGCAGCCGAUGAACGUGUUGCUCAAUCACUUCUCCUGCAAGGUCAAGCAAGCAGGAAGGUUGCUGAGACGCCCAUGAACCAACGAUCUUCCAGGUCCCAUGCUGUGUUUACUAUUUAUGUCAAGACCCGACAGAAGGACUCCCAUGCAGUUAAUAUGUCAAAGCUGCAUCUUGUGGAUCUGGCUGGCUCCGAGCGGGUAGCGAAGACGAAGAUCGCCGGUCACCAGCUUCAUGAAGCCAAGUCCAUCAACCUUUCUCUUCAUCACUUGGAAGGGGUCAUCAUCGCAUUGCAGGGAGGUCAUGGAGAGGGGUCGAAGGUCAAAGGUCGUAGGAGAGCUUUGAGUGCUGGUCCAGUCAGGAACAGAAGGGUUGGGAGUGCCUCGAGCACACGUUCCUUGCCGUAUCAUAGGUCCAUGUCCGUGGGUGGCCAUCGUCAUGUACCGUAUCGUAACUCAUUACUCACUAUGGUCUUAAGAGAUAGCCUUGGAGGAAACUGCCUGACAGCGAUGAUUGCUACCAUAUCAGCCGAGGAGAUCAACCUGAGUGAAUCUUUGUCAACUUGUCGCUUUGCCAUGAGGGUAGCUGCUAUUCAGAACAAGAUAAGUCGUAAUGAGGUCAUCGAUGACAAGACAAUCAUCGCCAGGUUAAGGAAGAAGAUUGCCAACCUCGAAGAAGAAAUCCUUGCCCUCAAAAGAAGAAUUAGUGAAGAUCAUCAUUUGAAGAUUGAGGCAUCCAACGAGUUUACCACCAACAAUCAUCCAGCUGAAUCCACUACUCACAUCACAUCAUCUUCAUCUAUAAAAGGCCCUUCCUCAUUGGCUCAUGCCCCCAAGCCUUUGGUUGCACCAGCCAGUGGGAGUGGUCUUACCAGGGAAGGAAGGCAGCUCUGUGCUAGAAUCAUGCAAGGGUUCGUGAGUGGCAGAGUGACUGAUCCGGUUUCAUCUGGUGUCUCAGAUUUCUCCCGAUUCCGAGAGUGCUUGAGGAUUCUUCGGGAGAUGAUCCACCGUUCGUAUGCUUACCAUCAGAGAUACAACCCCGCCCUCCUCACAGAUCAACAGCAAGGGUCAAAGGUCAAAAGGUCAGAAGAGAAUGUUCCCAAUGUGAAGAGGUCACCUGAAGGAGUGAAGGUCAAGUCAAGGUCAAGUACUGAGAAAGGGCAAUCCAAAGGUUACAAGUCACCGUUUGAGAGGAAAAGGGAGAAAGAAAUCUCAAAGUUGAGUAAGAAUGUCGAGACUCAGAUCGCAGAACAGAAACAGCAACGGAAAGAUCUGAUGGAAUUCAAAACCCUUCUCAAACAACAACAGUUGGAGAAUGCUCUUAGAGACUUAAGCAACAAGAUCAGCAUGACAACGGACCACUUAGACAAACAACAGGAGUUAGUAGAGAGUCUACGGCAGUGCAAAGCAAGCAGGGAACAGAUAACAGCUGAGAAGAUUGCACAGAAACAGCUGGCAAAGAGACUAGCAAAGUACGAGAAGAGAUAUCAGCUCGCUCUAGAGCACCUCCAGAUCGUCCGCAACCACAUCGAGCUUCAGGGCAGGGUCUCUAAGGCAAGACAAUCGACCAAUCACAACACUUCUACCAGACAGGAUGUCACCAGCCUGGAUGUCAUUAGCCAAUCGGAUUCAAGUUCCCAUCCUUCUAGCCAGUCUGAACCAGUAUUUCAUCCUACCAGGCACAUGUCAUCUCCAAGACAAGGGACCCAUAGGUCUGGCCAAUCAGAAGUCACGUUAGGUGGGAUUGGAGUGGAGGAUGACCAAUCAGGAAGCUUGACUGAUAGGGUUGUGGAGAGAUGCCGACAUAAGAGCGGGAGAGUGGACUCCAAGAGGGUUCUGGAUAUAUUGAAGCAGGAGGAUAGCAAGCGUAAUAAGGCAGCUAAGGAGAUCAAAGAGCAACGGAUAAAAAACUUUACGCAACACUUCACACUCAAGGAAGAAGCUACACUCACAAAACUACAGCAUUUUAAAGAGCAACUCCGUAAGCAGCAAGAAAGUGAGAAACGGCGAAGUGAUUCUUCAUUGAGCAUGAGCCAAUCAUGGGAUGGUCAUGUGAACACUGCAUGGUCUGAUGAUGUCACAAUAGAGAGGUCAGGGAUUGACCAAUCAGGAACUUUUGUUUCUGCAAUAAAUGAAAGUGAAUCUGCUAAUGAUGUAGGAAAGAAUGUGAUCGAUGGAGGACAUGGGAAGAACCAACCAGCCAGAUCCCCAGACAACUUUGUAAAUGAUGAUUCUCAAAAGCGAAAUAUCCCUCUUCAAAUGUCUUCCUCAUUUCAAAAAAUGGUUUCCAAGGAAAAUUCUCUUGACAUUUCAUCAAAGAACAACAACAAAAUUGCUGCUGAACCUACUCAUGGUGGUACAGUUGUCCAGAAUUUGCAUGCAUCCAAUGUCCCGCAGGAAAGAUCACCUCAUAGGACGUCUUUGGAAGAUCCAUCUGCCAAGACGAUAGCCUUGACCAGAGACUCUUUAUCCCAUGGAGGAGAUAACACUUCUGUUCAGGUGUCCAACAUCACCACUGGCAGUUCUGCCAGUGUGCAGUCUCCAUUGUCCACAAAUAUUUCCAUGCUGCAGAGUUCUCCUUUUGGAGGAGUUACCAAUAGCAGUUCUAUUGGAGAAGGAACUAUCCUUGUUAGCCAGGACUCAAAGAUGUCUUCAAUGCUUCUAGGAAGGUCUUCUACUCCUGGAUUGUCAGUGGGUGAUGAACCAGCUCUAAGCCAUUCUGCAGAGUCCAUCUUCCAGGAACCACAUGGAUUGCCAGAACAGUCACCAGAUCGGACCUUGACCAAUCCUAGAAGUUCCUUUGAUGCAGCAUUGUCUUCCAUGCUCCGUCAGGAUAAAUCAACAGUCAGCCCUGCAGCCCUUGAGGACACCAAAUUCAAAGCGCAACAUAGUGGAGAUGUCUCUCUAGCACUGAAUACAAAGCUCCUUGAUUACCUGGGUGGUAAACCUAUGAGAGGUCCAUCAGUCAGCAGUGUGGCCUCUCUCCAGGAUGGCUUUUCAAGGUCUUCCAUCAGCAGUGGUUUCACAGGGUCUUCCAUGCAGCGUGAUGCCUUCGGGAGUUCGACCAGCAAUAGCCUUACUACAGGGUCUUCCGUUGGUACUGUCACCAGAGAACCAUCCUUGGACAGCUUCUUUGCAGGAUCUUCCAUCAACAGUGAUUUAACAGGGUCUUCCUUGCAGACUGAUGUCUUCGGAAGAUCUUCCAACAAUAGCCUUGCUACAGGGUCAUCUGUUGGUAGUGUUCCCAGAGAACCAUCAUUUGCAGAAUCUUCCAUCCACGGUGCCUUUCACAGAUCGUCAUUGAACAGUGCCUUUGAAAGUUCUUCUCCAAGCAGAUCAUUUGACAGAUCUUCAGUACAUAGUGGCCAAACAGGAUCUUCCAUUGAUAGUAAUACAGUCACAUCAUCAAAACCCCCUACUUUUCAAAUAGGUGCUUCCAUAUCGACACUGAACAGCUGCAUAGGCGAGGAAGAGUCCAUUAAUCCAAGAGGGGGAGAGAAAGCUAAACAGGCCUUCUUCCAAAGUAACCUGUCCACAAGUUCUCUUGGCAACCAGGUAGGGUUUAGCAAUGAAAGGCCUGUGGUCAAAGCAAUCGCAGAGGCAGAGAGUCAGAGGUCAUAUAUAUCAGCAGCCAAGGAAAAUAAAGAGCGUAUUCACAAGAUCCGAAAGGCAAUAAGAUCAGCGGAAGUUAUCCAACGAGCUUGGAAGAAAUAUCGUGCUCAAAGGAAAUAACUAUUUCAAGUUCUUGCCCUAAGUGUAUUUUAAUGUUCCCUGUUUGGAUGUAGUAGGAGUGCCUUUCUUGUAACAGUGAUUUACUUUUCACAAAUAGUAGGAUUUACAUGCAUAUCUUCCCUAAUGGGAAUAUAUGAUAUAUGAUUCAGAAUCUGAUGUUUUACCCAAGAACUUGGCCCUGUCUUACACAGAGUUGUGAUUGAUACAAAUCAAGUUGCGAUAGAUUCAAAUCAAAUCAGUUGCAAUUGACGUUUAAUUUGAUUCUACAGUAUCACAACUCUUUGUAAGACAGGUCCCAGCUCACCAGUUAUGGGUAAAAUUGUAUGCAAAUCAAGAACAGCUUAUUGAAACAACAAUUUUGUAUCAUUGGCAGUAGUCAGAAUGUACAUAUCACUGGAGGAGACAAACAAUAAAAGAAAAAAGAUGCUUCUUCUCUUGGACACACAUUAUAAAGUCCUAUUCAAUUUAGGCCAAGGCCUAAUUCUGUGUUACAAUAUGGGAAGCCAACAAUGUCAACAUUUUGUUUUAAUUGUUUUUUUGUUUGUAAUCCUUUGCUGUGAAGAAAACUAUUUUAGUUAUUAUUACCAGAUGGUUAUGAAUGAUUUGAGUGUCAAAUGAGUUGACUAAUUGAACAUGUACUGUUAGAGAUUUGUGUCAUAAUUGGCUAUCCAUAGUAAACCACAACAUAAAACAAGAAUUCGAGUCAAAUUUGGGUCCGUAAUACUGGCCUGUACCAGCUGCACAAAAAUGUGGUUAGUGCCCACAGAGCACUAAAAGCAGGUCCAGUCGCAUCUUUCAAGCUUUGAUGUCAAGUGUUGAUCCAAGAUAUAAAUAACGUGUCUGUUGUGACAUAAGGCAUCACAACAAGGCCUCUGUUAGCACUUGCAACGUCUCUGUGCAGCUGGUACUGGAAGUUUUUGAGGCUAUGUCACAAAUCCAUCAGAAGCUUUACAUUACUUUAUGAAAGAUGAGAAGCAAUCUAAUUUUUAUUCUCAAUUGUUUUCAAUCAGUCAUCAAAGUUGAUAUACAAGUAUAGCGUUGGCAUGCACUUUUGGCAGUCUACAUGGAAUGUAUUUGUUUUGAACAGUGUUGUAUUUUCUACAAUUUGAAUGAAAUUAUUUAAAGAAUUCAUAUUCUUAUUGAAAGGUAGACAAAAACCUUUCAGCUUUGUACUACAUAUUGAAGUUGUUUAUAAAGCUAUGCAUACUUGCAAACUAGCUUUAUGAAAUACUUCCGAGUCUUUAUUGUAAGGUUCUUUGAAAUAGCAGCUGCACUUUUUUAUAAUACAAAUAUCUCAGCAAAAUGAACCGUCCUUGAAACUCCACUAGUUUUAUAUUCAAUCAUGUUAGAUUAAUUCAUUUCCUUCAAUCAUUCAUGUUGUACACUAUAUGGUAAGCAGUAUUAUUCAGUAUUCCCUUGUAAUGCACAUUUUCCUCUGAAAUAUUUGAUUCAACUUUAAUUCAGGAAUACAAUUAUUACGCCUUGCUAAAAAAAUUAUCAUGACUAUAAUAAUUGUGGAUUUAUAAUUUGGCUAUUUGUGUGCCAAAAAAUGCUAUUUUUGAAAAUAAAUUUUGUAAUAUUUAUUGUAGAUAAAUUU